CGUAAUAAAUAACAAAGAUAGAAUGACACUUACUGCGCAUGAGCGUUUAAAGAAACCUUGAGCGGUAACUUCAGACAACUGGUAAGAACUAGUUUACGUACGCUUCUUCAUACGCGUUUCAUAAGUGAACGGUUGCGUCAGAAACACGUAGAAAGGAAUCCAAGGAAACAGGUGUCGUUAUCGUUGUUACGAAGUGUCAUUGUUGGCGGAGAGACAUGUCUUUCAAAAAUCUAAAAUUCGAAAUAUUCAAAGAUGAGAAGACGGCCGAGGCGAUAAAGCAUUAUCCAUAUUGCUUACGAGGUCUUGUUGGAGUAGGCGAGAAAAAAUGGUGUUUACCGCACAAAUUUCUUACACUCGGAGAAGAAGUGUACAAUUUUGAGCCUCGUCCGGACGAUACCUAUGUUAUUACUUUUCCUAGAUCAGGUACGACGUUGACACAGGAACUCGUCUGGUUGGUGGCAAACGACAUAAACUUUGAUGAUGCGAGUCGCGAGCAUCUAUACGAGAGAUUUCGCUUUUUAGAAAUUACCACAGUACUAGAGGAUGAAGGAUUAUUGAAAAUGAGCGGUAGUGAUAUGUGGCAGAAUAGCGUGAAAUUCGCAGAUGAACAACCGUCUCCACGUUUCAUCAAAUCCCAUAUGCCAUUCGAUCUAUUGCCCAAUGUCGUAAACAGCGACUGCAAGAUUAUUUAUGUUGCGCGAAAUCCCAGAGACGUUGUUGUCUCAUGGUACCAUUUUCAAAAGGGAAACAAAGCGAUAAAAUACAAUGGCAAUUUUGAGCAAUUCUGCGAUAUCUUUAUGAAUAGCCGCACAAUUUAUGACCCUUACUGGGAACAUGUGAAGGAAGGUUGGGCGAAACGACACAGACCAAAUACAUUGUUCCUUUUCUACGAAGAUUUGAUAAAGGAUUUACCCGGAUGCAUUCGAAAGGUCGCCGCAUUCUACGGGAAAAACUACAAUGACGAACAAAUCGCUAAGUUGGUAGAUCACUUGAACAUAAAGAAGUUCCGCGAAAAUAAAAUGGUGAAUGUCGCAAUAGGUGAUGGAUCAAAAAAUGAAUCCCUUUUCAUUCGGAAAGGCAUCGUGGGCGAUUGGAUUGAGAACUUUACCCCAGAAAUUGAGAUAAAAUUCAAUAAAUGGAUUGCCGAAAACACGAAAGAUACAGACCUAAUAUUCCCUUGUUAGAUCUCGCGAUAAAUAUUUGCUUUUAGAGGAACAUCUUAGAACGACUCUGAUUUUGACUUGUAUUGUCGAAAUCACAUUCCUAAACAACCUCCAUUAUAAGAAAACAGGCGGAAAUUUUUCAAACAUAAGUUAUAAACAAAGUAAUGUUACACACAAAUAUAUUGGGAAAUAAAAAUUUAUCAUUCGUUUACUUAUUA